GUGAUGUUUGAAUAAUAUUUUCUAUGUUAGUCAUUCGUAUGUUAAAAGUGUGAAGCAGCAGAUAGGUGAAAAUUUUCGUUUUUGACCUCAUUGGUGUAUUUGUUCAUAGUAAACAAAAUUGACUACGGUUUCAACUAUGAAACAAUAGUAAAAAAUGCACGACACACAUAACAAAUUAAAUGACCAAAGACAGUUGCAGUUGGACGGUGUGGUGUCAACUCUACCUGAACUUGGUGGUCCAACAAUUCCCGAUGGGGGAUAUGGCUGGGUCGUAGUUUUAGCCGCUUUGUUUUUCUAUACUUUAGUGCCUAGCCUCAUUGUAGGAUUUGGAAUAAUGAUGAUAUUUACUAGACUCGAAACCAAUGCACCUGCUUCUCCGAAACUUUGGGACAACAAAUUCAUUUUUAUGCCAAUAUUUUAUACGGCUUUUACUAUUCUUGCAGAACCGUGGGUUCGAAAAUUUAUAACACAAAGCACGUGGGCACGUCUCGUCGCAACAACCGGCACUUGUUUAAUUUGUGCUGGUUUACUGCUCUCUUGGAAGGGAAUAAACAACGCUUACAAUGUUGCCACAUUCAUUUUCGCGGGAAUUGUAACAGGUAUCGGAUCAUCAUUAGUAAUAACUCAGUCUGAAGUGUUGGUAACACAGUAUUUUCGAUUAAAAUUAAAAACUAUUCGAGCAAUAUUUCAAAUUGCAACUGCAAUUGGAUUUAUUGUAACACCGAUAACACUUGGCCACCACAUAAUAAAGAAUGGUGUAUUGCAUGUUAUAAUAUGGUACCAAGCAAUAAUUCUACAAGGAAUAGUAAUAAGUUUGGCUUUUAAAAAACCACAAUAUCUAAAAUCUGAAAGAAAACCUUACAAUAUUAUACGGAACGCUUCGGAUGAUGAAGAUGAUGUGUUGGCUACAAGAAAAACAGAACUAAAAGAGAAAAAUAAAAUGGGAAAUCUUUCAGUCAAUGAUAGUGAUUCUCCCGAAGCAAAAGCAGAAUUACCAAGGACAUCGGAAGUAAAUCAAAGAAAUGGUAACCAGACACCAUCGAGUACUCAAAAAAUCACUGCACGAGAAAACUGGGAAACUUUUGAUGAUAAUGCCCCAAAUCAAUCAAAGAUAAAAGUGGAACUUCACGAAACAUUCGGCAGUUCAAGUGAUAUUGCUCGUAAAACUAACAAUAAUAUUGUUACAAAUUUGCCACAAUCACUUUUUGAAGACAAUAAUGCAACGAACAGUACUUAUUCCUACGAAAGUUUAGACGCAGUAGGUCACUUUGAAGAUUUAAAUACCAUUUAUACAAUUUCAAAUGUUACCCCGCAAGGAAAAUGGUCGAUUAGAUUUGGAGAUUUAAAGGAGCCAACGUUUUAUAAAUCGCUUUUACAAGUGAUUACUACAAAAUUUUCAACUUUUACUUUUUGGAUCUUAUUCCCCAGUUAUUUUUACACUGAAGUGGAACACUUGUCAAUACGAAAUACAACUUUUAUGAUUAGCUGUGUAAUUGGUGUUUCUAUUUUGUUAUUUACAAUUGUUUCGAAUUUUGUCAGCAACAACAACAUCAAACAUAAAGCUCUGUUUUGGUGGAUUUUUAGCUGGGCGGGUGCCAUUGGAUAUUUUACUAUUUCUACAUCCCAUGCAGAAUCUGCAUUAUUAUUCGGUGCUGUUAAUAUUUCUCUCAGUUUAAGUCUCUUGAAUGUACUGGAUAAUUCAUUAUUUAAAGUAAAUGCUAUGGGACAAAGUAGUCGAACACACUGUAUUUUAUGUACUGUAACAGGACUGGCUUUUUGCACUUUUUUUCUGAUAGACAUAAGUUACAGAAAUUGUUUUUUGCUCCUCGCACUGCUGCAGUUCUUAACUGGAUCAAUUUGGCUGGUAAAUUUCAUUUUUAAAAAAAUUAAAGAAAUAAGAAUGUAAAUGGUUUUAUUAGUAAAAGUAAUAAGUAGUUAAGUAAGUCGUACAACUAAGAAUGCUUUUUUAUUAAAAAUACGAGUACUUUUUUA